UCCAAUCGAAUCUCCAAGCAGCGCUGUCGCUUGUGUGCCACAAAUCCGUUCUCACAUCCUCGGAACAGCGGCGGCCUCAAACCCCAGAAAAGGGUGUCUAAAACCCUCCCAGUCCGGAGUACUCUCAGUAUGGCGCUGAAGGUCCCGAUUUGCCGGUUGUGCUGGGUAUCACCGGCGCCAACUCCGUCGAGAGACCCCGGUGAGAGGUGGAGUUUCCUAGUCGGCCAACCCCUCAAGACCUCGUUUCCAAGUGCUGUCCCAGGAAAAGAAAUUUUCCAAAGGUCAUGUGUCAUUGUAUCAAGAAAGUUGUCAGGAUUGGAGGAGGCUAUGCGAAUUCGGAGAGCAAGGGAGCUUCAAAGUUCAGUAAAAGUAAGAAAGAGGCCACCAUUAAGGCGUGGAAAGGUCUCUGGAAAGCUUUUAGUGCCAGACCACAUUCCAAGACCUCCAUAUGUGGAUUCAGGCUUGUUGCCAGAAUUAUCUAGCGAGCAUCAAGUACAUAAUGAUGAGGGUAUUGCUUGCAUGAGAGCUGCCUGUGAGCUUGCUGCACAUGUUCUGGACUAUGCAGGAAUAUUGGUUAGACCAUCUGUAACUACAAAUGAAAUUGAUAAAGCAGUGCACAAGAUGAUUAUUGAUGCUGGGGCUUAUCCUUCCCCACUUGGAUAUGGUGGAUUUCCUAAGAGUGUGUGCACAUCAGUCAAUGAAUGCAUGUGCCAUGGAAUACCUGAUUCCCGCCAACUGCAGGAUGGAGACAUAAUAAACAUUGAUGUGACUGUUUAUUUGAAUGGUUACCAUGGGGACACAUCAAAAACAUUUCUGUGUGGAAAUGUGAAUGAACCAACAAAGCGCCUUGUAAAGGUGACUGAAGAAUGCCUUGAGAGGGCUAUAUCUGUCUGCAAGGAUGGUGCUAGUUUUAAGAAGAUCGGCAAGAGAAUAAGUGAGCAUGCUGAAAAAUAUGGCUAUGGUGUUGUGGAGCGUUUUGUUGGUCAUGGUGUCGGGACGGUAUUCCACUCUGAGCCACUCAUUUUGCAUCAUCGUAAUGACAGAUCUGGGUGUAUGGUUGAAGGUGAAACAUUUACAAUUGAGCCCAUUCUAACCAUGGGAAGCAUUGAGAGCAUCACUUGGGAUGAUGAAUGGACUACCGUUACAGCGGAUGGCAGCCGAGCUGCACAGUUUGAGCAUACAAUUUUGAUCACCGGAACUGGUGCUGAGGUUUUGACAAAGUGCUGAGAUCAUCAUAUAUUUACCCAUUCAAUGGCUAAAUGUGAGUGAAUUUACAUGCUUGGUGGUGUCACUAUGAGCCAUUGGAUUCCACAAUGGCAAUGGAGCGAUCAAUCUUUGUUUACGAAUGCCGUCGGCGUGAUGUUUGAUGAUAAAAUAAACUGAUAGAAAAACCAUCUGCGAU